UCCUUCACGCCCAUCAUUCCUAUUUCGAUUACUACAGUCGCCGGUCAUAACGAACUGACAAACCAUGCUUGCAACAACCUAGUUUUGAAUCAAACCUGUUCGUGGAGAUUGAGGCAGAUUCCACCUGUCAAUACUUCUGUUGUUUGACGUGGACGUUCCCAAGAUGCCUCGCAAAAUCGCCAUCAUCGGCGCCGGCAUCGCUGGACUAGCCUCUGCCAUUUCUCUCUCCAAUGAACUCACGCCAAAGGUAUCCGGCCUCGAGAUCAUAGUUUACGAGCGGUCAAAGGAGCUAUCCACCGCAGGAGGCGCCAUCAGUCUGACUCCCAUCGCGCAGCGCCAUCUCGAUGACCUCGGCGUCCUAUCGAAGCUCAAUCAGAUGGGGCCCGAGGCAGGCGUGGAAGUCGACACCAUCGACCUUUUUGCCCUCAACUCGGGCCGUCAUUUGGGCCCGCUGCGAGUCACAGCCUCCAAAGACGCUGGGUGCGACAACUUCAAGGGCCGUCGGGUGAAGCGCAUCAGUCUGGCGCUCGCCAUGGUCGCCGCCAUCGAGGACUUACCGAAUGUGUCGAUUCUCUACGGGAAGAAACUCACCGGAGGGGACACGACAGACGACGGCGUGACACUGACCUUCGACGACGGCACGUCAGCGAGCGCGGAUCUGGCGCUGGGCUGCGACGGGGUACACUCGCCGACGCGCACGCGGAUCGUCGACCCCGGCAACGAGUCAAAGUACUCUGGAGUCUCGUUCGUCCAGAGUAUAACCAGCGCCGUGGACGCAUCGCACCCCACCCGCUCGGAGACCACAUCCCUGCACAUCGGUCGUCACGGGUCCAUUCUGACCAGCUUCUGCGACCCCAACCGGGAGAAGCUCUUCGUUGCGGCCGUGCUCAAAGUGAACGAGCUCCUCAUUGAGAGGUACUAUGCCGCGUUGGAGGGGGAUGCCGCUGCACAGAACAGUAUGAAGAUGUCUCUGCGGUAUCUGGUGCGCAAUCAGUCGAACAACUCUCGUGUCCCGACUCUCCGGAAGAUGGUCGAUCACGCGGAAGACUGGGACUUGUGUCCUGUGUAUCAGGUGCGACCGGGCCGGCCGUGGCACCGUGGACGCAUCAUGCUGCUAGGUGAUGCGGCACACGCGAUGCCCCCGCGCGAUGAGUCCACGACCCACGCCCUCGAAGACGCCAUCAUCUUCUCACGCACACUUUCCCACAACGUAGGCCAACCCAUCGCCAACUCAUUCCAAGAAUUCGAGUGCGAGCGCCGCGCAUUCAUCGACAACGCCUUCGACGAGUCCUUCCACCUCUGGCAGCGCAACCAGGACCUCGCCGCGUCCCUCAACUACCUCAAAGACCCAAUGUCACCAGUUUCGCGACCCGCGUCGCCCGAUGUGAACGUUGAUCGAAUCCCGCCGCUUUCGGUUCCGAUGCCGAUGAAUGAUAGUUUCUCUGAUCUGUCUGUUUGCUCGCUUACGCAGGAGUAUCUCGGGAGUCAUGGGAUCAUAUAGAUUGUUUAUGGCUGAUGCAUGAUGCGUUGUAGGAGUUUGUGUACUUUACCUUUUCUAGUGGGACUUGGCUUAGUUUUUUGUCAUGGCUCGGCGUUUCUGGUUAGGUUAACGGUCAUGAACGGUCAUGAGUGGCAUGAGUUACGAGAUAGAUCAAGAUACUAGUUUUCAUACACGAUACGAGAUUGAUUAUAACCUCACUUGUUGAUCUAUAUCCAGACUACGUUCCACUGUAUGCUAUGUCUACUGCCGAAAGCGUAUAAUCAUCGGAAUGACGACAAGACAGAAAGAGACAGGAGAGGAAGUUUGAAAACGAGGGCCCGGGAGGGGGGGAUUUU